GUGUUUUUKAGGUCCAGGUGGUCCAGUUCUGCGUAAAAACGCACCGAAGUCCGGCCAAACUGUUGGAAGAAACUGCACCAGCUCCUCGUUCCUCUCUGAAUGAGCCGUGUUCAGAGAGGUGGGGGUCUAAAGGAGAGRGAUUCCGGAUUUACAGCUGCCGGGAGAAAGAACCAGCAGAGCUGAAAGCGUUCCGGUGCUGCUGCCAUCUCUGCUGACAACUGAGCGGAGGAAAGUUUAGUUUGUUUGUUUUUUUUCUGCUUUAGUCGUUCGUUUCUCCUUAAAGCACAAGAGACUGCUCACAAGUGAAAGACAUGUUCAAGAAAACGAAGAGUAAAGUGCUGGUGGAUUAUGCGUCAGAGGAGGACGACAUGUGGCACUAUCAUCACUCCUACAAGGAGAAAGACGCAGCAGAGGAUGAGGAAGAGGACGCCGUCACCACUGCAACCAAGGAGGCCAAAGUGAAAAARCUGAUGUCCAAGAAGGAGAAGAGGGAGAAGAAGAUGCUGUCYUCUAAGGAUGACGAGCACUUCCUGUUGACAGGAGUAAAGCUGGCUGAUCGGAAAGGGCCUCAAAAGAAAGUCAAGGACGGCGAGAAGGAAAAGAAGGACAAGGCGGACAAGGGCCACUGUUUCUGGGACAGCGUCACGAUGACGAUGAGGCAAAUUUCACCGACCAAGAAACUGGAGAAGAUGGAGGGCUGGGAGCCGCCCCACGUAGGGAAAUUAACUGAGGCCGUAAACGAUGAACCCCUUGUGGAGAACCGUCAGAAAGGGGAGUUUGCCGUGUCCCUCCCCGACUCCUUAAGCAUUCCAGUGGAAAUACCGUCGUGGGGUGGCCUGGGUUUUGAGGAGGACUCCUCUCGCUACGCCAACCUGACGGACUCCAACGAUUCAGCAGCCGCGGUGAGGUGGACGUCCCGUGCCAAGGUCAAGCUGGCUGGCAUCAGCAGGAUGAGCAGAGGGAUUGUGUCUGAGAGCGCGUGGGGAGGCUUUAAAUAGAAGAACCUCUUUUUCCUGACUCCAUUUUCCUGAGCUGAUGGUGAUUCUUAAAAACAUUCGCCUUUUUCUGUCGCGUAGCUCCAGAACAGACUCGUUUUAAUGCUUUAGAUAAUUAAAAUGAAACRUAGUCAUUAACUGUU